CCCCAUCGGCAGCUCGGCGCUCGGGCCCUGCAGGUGACGCCUAGGCUCGGGCAGUCGAGCGCCGAGCGGGGCUGAUGCAACGCGGGGAGGCCGCCGCCAUGGAGCCCGCGCCCGGCCUGCAGGAGAAGUAUCAGCUCAUCACCCGCAACCUGCAGGAGGUGCUGGGGGAGGACAAGCUCAUGGCCAUCCUGAAGGAGCGCGAGCUGAAGAUCUACUGGGGGACAGCCACCACGGGCAAGCCACACGUCGCCUACUUCGUGCCCAUGUCCAAGAUCGCUGACUUCCUGAAGGCCGGCUGUGAGGUGACCGUACUGUUUGCUGACCUCCACGCUUACCUGGACAACAUGAAGGCUCCCUGGGAGCUGCUGGAGCUGCGCACACGCUACUACGAGAACGUGAUCAAAGCCAUGCUGGAGAGCAUCGGGGUGCCCCUGGAGAAGCUCAAGUUCGUCCGGGGCACUGACUACCAGCUCAGCAAGCAGUACACGCUGGAUGUGUACCGACUGUCCUCCCUGGUGACGCAGCACGACUCCAAGAAGGCUGGAGCAGAGGUGGUGAAGCAGGUGGAGCACCCACUGCUCAGUGGUUUGCUGUACCCAGGGCUGCAGGCCCUGGAUGAGGAGUACCUCAAGGUCGACGCACAGUUCGGAGGAGUUGAUCAGAGGAAGAUAUUCACCUUUGCAGAGAAGUACCUUCCUUCUCUGGGCUAUGCCAAGCGUGUGCAUCUGAUGAACCCCAUGGUUCCUGGUCUGACAGGCAGCAAAAUGAGCUCAUCAGAGGAGGACUCAAAGAUCGACCUCCUGGACCGCAAGGAGGAUGUGAAGAAGAAGCUGAAGAAGGCUUUCUGUGAGCCUGGGAACGUGGAGAACAACGGCGUCCUCUCCUUCAUCAAGCACGUCCUCUUUCCCCUCAAGUCAGAGUUUGUGAUUCUACGAGAAGAAAAAUGGGGUGGAAACAAAACCUACACAGCCUAUGAGGCCCUGGAGAAGGACUUUGCUGAGCAGGUGGUGCAUCCUGGAGACCUGAAGAACUCGGUGGAAGUGGCACUGAACAAACUGCUCGACCCCAUCAGGGAGAAAUUCAACAGCCCAGAGCUGAAGAAGCUGACGAAUGCAGCAUAUCCCAACCCAUCCAAAACCAAACCUGCAGAGAAAGGCACCAAGAACUCGGAGCCGGAGGACGUGGUUCCGUCCCGGCUGGACAUGCGCGUGGGCAAAGUCAUCAGCGUGGAGAAGCACCCGGAUGCCGACAGCCUGUAUGUGGAGAAGAUCGACGUGGGCGAGCCCGAGCCCCGCACCGUGGUCAGCGGCCUGGUGCAGUUCGUGCCCAGGGAGCAGCUGCAGGACAGGCUGGUGGUGCUGCUCUGCAACCUCAAACCCCAGAAGAUGAGGGGUGUGGAGUCACAGGGCAUGGUGCUGUGUGCCUCCAGCCCUGGGGAGCCACGGCAGGUGGAGCCCCUGGACCCCCCCGCCGGGAGCUGCGCCGGGGAGCGUGUCUACGUGGAGGGCUACGAGAGCGGCCAGCCCGACGAGGAGCUCAAGCCCAAGAAGAAAGUCUUUGAGAAGCUGCAGGCCGACUUCUGUAUCUCUGAGGACUGUGUGGCCCAGUGGAAGCAGAAAAACUUCCUGACCAAGCUGGGGAGAGUCUCCUGUAAAAGCCUGAAGGGAGGGAGCAUCAGCUAACCAGUGCUGCUGCUGCUCACCCCUCCUGCCUGGCCCCCUCCACCACCCCAGCCAGGCUCUGCUCCUCACUCCAUCUCCUUCCCAGUGCCCUGGGCCAGGGGCUCAGCCCUGGGGGACGUGGGGACUCUGGGGCUGAAUUUGCAGCCUCCCACCUGAGAGCUGCCUCCACCACCCCCCGGGGCCCACUCAGCCAGCAGCUUCCCUCAGCUGCAGGUCACAGCCAAGGCCACCACUUCUAACUGACCUGUGGGACUUGUGCCCGUGGCCUCGGGCUCUGCCAUUGGCUCCCUCCCAGUUGUGCCCCACACUGGCCCCUCUCCCGCUGCAGCCAGGGCACGAAGGGAAAGCUGCUUUGCUCAAACACUUCUUGCUGCUACCAGAGCUGAGGCAGCCCUGGGGCAGGACCCAACCCCUGCUCAGCCCCAGGGCUGUGGCUGCUGCUGCUCUCGGGGCAGGAGCCUGGGCAGCACUGGUGGGUCCAUCGGGGGCUGUGGGGGCCGGGGGCCUUAACCACUGACUGGGAAACCAUCUGUCUUGUAAACCCAAAUAAAACAUCAAGCUGACUGUA